AUAGUUAAUGAAGUUAAUCGAAAGUUUAUGAAUUUUAUUCAAAUUUGAAUUCAAAAUGAGAUUUUUAAUCGUAUGGCUUACUAAUGAUUAUGUAAUUAACACAUCACGUGAUAUUAUAUAAUCAUUACCCUACCUUAUAUAAUGAUUACCUAAUUACUUACCUAAUUUCUUUCUUAUAACCCCCUCAUUAUUACGUAACAACAGGGCAUUUUAAGCGCCAUAGGCUAAUUCUCAUCAGAUUCACAAAAGGUUCAAUUGGAAGGUCAAGGAGAUACAAUUGAUUAUUAAAAUCCUAUUGGCUAAUAACUCAAUUAAUAACGUGAUUUUGAAUCUAAAAUAGCAAUUGACUGGAUUGACUGAAUUGAUAUAAAUACACCAAAGAUUAUCCCACUUUAUCCAAUCUGAAUUAGCAAUUAUAACAAGAAUCAAUUACAAGACAUGUCCUCAGUCGCCACUUUAAACAAUGGAUUGAAAUAUCCUUUAGUCGGUUUAGGUUUAUGGAAGAUUCCAAAUGAAGUUGCAGCUGAACAAGUUUAUCAAGCUAUAAAGCAAGGUUAUAGAGCUUUUGAUGGUGCCACUGAUUAUGGUAAUGAAGUUGAAGUUGGUCAAGGUAUUAAGAAGGCAUUAGAUGAAGGUUUAGUUAAAAGGGAAGAAUUAGUUAUUAUUUCAAAAUUAUGGAAUACUUUCCAUCAUCCAAAAAAUGUUCCAAUUAAUUUAAACAAGAAUUUAAAAGAUUUACAAUUGGAUUAUAUUGAUUUAUAUUAUAUUCAUUUCCCAAUUGCUACUAAAUUUAUUCCAAUUGAAUCGAAAUAUCCACCAGCUUUUGGAUUUGAAAAUGAAGAAGGAUUUGAAUUUGAAGAUGUUCCAUUAUUAGAUACUUAUAGAGCCUUAGAGGAACAAGUUAAAUUGGGUAAGAUCAAAUCAAUUGGUGUUUCGAAUUUUUCAGGUGCUUUAUUACAAGAUUUAUUAAGAGGUGCCAAAAUUAAACCAGUUGCCUUACAAAUUGAACAUCAUCCAUAUUUGGUUCAAGAUCGUUUGAUUCAAUAUGCUCAAUCACAAAAGAUUCAAGUUGUUGCAUAUUCAUCAUUUGGUCCAUUAUCAUUUAUAGAAUUAGAUAGUGAAUUAGCCAAGACAACUCCACCAUUAUUUGAAAAUGAAGUUAUCAAGAAAAUUGCUUCAAACCAUAACAAAACACCAUCACAAAUUUUAUUAAGAUGGGCAACUCAAAGAGGAAUUGCAGUUAUUCCAAAAUCUUCAAAUAAGGAACGUUUAUUACAAAAUUUAACUGUGGAGAACUUUGAUUUGACAAAGGAUGAAUUGAAGGAAAUUUUAAGUUUAGAUAAAGGAUUAAGAUUUAAUGAUCCAUGGACUUGGAAGAAUGCAGGUAUUCCAACUUUUGUUUAAAUAAUCAUUAAAAUAAACGAUUAAUAAAAUAAUAAAGAUGUUAAUGUAAAUUUUCGAUCUAAAAAGACAUAAUGAAUCUGA